GGUUAAAGAAAACACCAGGGGGGUGAGUGGGGGUAAGCACCUGGAAAGGGGCCUCCCGAAAGCCCGCCGCGGCGGGGAGAGCGUGCGUUCCCCCCCGCGAGAGGCGAGCCGCCCUCGGCUCUCCGGCCGAGCUCUCGCUGCCCGCCUCUGAUUAAAUACACGAGCACAAAAGCACACACACACACACACACACACACACACACACACACACCCACACCCACCCCCGAAGCGCGGUGCGACCGCGCACGGAGGAGCCCCCUGUGAAAACCGGCUGCAGCGAGGCCCCGGGAGCGGGAGCGGGGCCGCGGCCGGGCCCGGGGCGGCCGGGGCCGGCGGUGACGGCGGCGCUGCCCUUUUGAAUGCCUCCCGCAGCUCGGAGCGCUGGCAGGGCGCUGGGAGCGGCAGUGAAUGUAGCCCCGCAGAGCCAAUGAGCUGGGACCGGAUGCGAUAUAUCCUCUGGGACAACAACUGCUCUGUUCCUCCUCAGAUCCACAUGACGCCAUUUACUGCUGCUUUUGCAGAGAGAUCACCCUACCUCCUCCGGAAAGAAAAAGAGAGAGAGAGAGAGGGAGAGAGCGAGCGAGCAGAAAAACGCCGAGCCCCUACAGCUCAGAUCUCAAAUCCUCCUCCUCCUCCUCGUCCACCUCCUCCAAACACACAACAACAACCACCACCACAAAUCCGCUGCGCUCCCAAAACAGCCCCCCCCCCCCCCCUCGAUUGCAAACCACAGAGCUGCCUGCAACACACACACGCUCGCAGAGGGAGCGAGAAAGCUGGAGGGAGAGAGGGGAGAGGAGCUUGCAGCAAGCAGCUUCUCAGCAGAACGGCUACACUGCACAAGCUGCUUUUUUGGAGGAGCUCAGUGGAAGAAAGCUCUGGGAUUUUAUUUUAGAUCCACUUUAUUUUGUUUUCUUUGGCUUUCCCCUUCCUCUUGAUCAUUUGCAACAACAACAAAAAAAGUGACUUGGUAUUGGCGAUUCGGCCUCCUGUUCAUUGAGGAAAAAAAAGGAAAGUGUGUGUGUGAGAGACUGAGUGAUUUCUUUUCAGGAGUAAAGAAAACCCACCCCGAUCCGGAGAGGGCUGGAUUUAUUUGCAAACCGCAGGAAGAAGAAAAUACAAGAGAGAGAGGGGUUUGGUGCAGCGCCGCGAUCACGGAUUUCAGAUGUGUUCUAAGCCUGCCGGGGUGAGCACGCUUCCGGGCACUGAUGGAGACGAGAGCUCAGCACGGCAGCGGGUCGCAGGCCUUGCUACAGGCUCGGCGUGACAGUGGGAGACCGCACGGGGAGCCCGACCUGCGGGAUGUCCUGAUGCAGCAGGUUCACGUCUUGUCGUUGGACCAGAUCAGAGCCAUCCGAAACACGAAUGAGUACACGGAGGGACCUACGGUGGCUCCACGGCCGGGGGUCAAGUCCGCUCCUCGGCUAGCAUCCCAACCCAAAAAUGAGAGGCCCCAUGGCUUGCCUGACCAUCGUCAUUUUAGCCGGAUUCAGCACACGCAAAUGCACGCCUCUCCUCGGGCGCCUCUGUCCCGAUCCAUCAGCACGGUCAGCACAGGUUCGCGGAGCAGUACAAGGACAAGUACAAGCAGUAAUUCAUCCGAACAAAGGCUUCUAGGGUCAUCUUCAGGGCCGGCUGCCGACGGGAUAGUCCGGAUGCAGCCCAAGUCCGAGCUCAAGUCAAGUGAGCUGAAGCCGCUGAGCAAAGAAGACUUGGGAGCACACAGCUACAGGUGUGAGGACUGCGGGAAGUGUAAGUGUAAGGAGUGCACUUAUCCGAGGACCCUCCCAUCGUGUUGGAUCUGUGACAAGCAGUGUCUUUGCUCAGCCCAGAACGUGGUCGAUUACGGGACUUGCGUUUGCUGCGUGAAGGGCCUCUUCUAUCACUGCUCUAACGAUGACGAGGACAACUGUGCUGACAACCCCUGCUCCUGCAGUCAGUCGCAUUGCUGCACUAGGUGGUCCGCCAUGGGUGUGGUGUCCCUCUUUCUGCCUUGCUUGUGGUGUUACCUACCAGCCAAGGGUUGCCUUAAGUUGUGCCAGGGCUGUUACGACCGGGUAAAUCGGCCUGGGUGCCGCUGUAAACACUCCAACACCGUUUGCUGCAAAGUUCCCAGCGUCCCCCCCAGGAACUUUGAAAAGCCAACAUAGCAUCACUAGUCAGAAAUACUAAAGUGACAAGGAUUAUUUUAACGUACAUAUGCAACCAACUAAGCAGCUAUGGUCUUGGCACUGUAGUAGAAGGGUUGGGGAUCUCCUCUGCUGUUUGCAGUGAAAUGCUUUUCUCUGUGUGUGCCAUCUUAACUGAUAUGCUUGUUAGAUUCCAGCUAGUGGCAUACAGAAAAAAAAAAAAAGAAAGAAAAAAAAGGGAUGCAGUACAUUGUGACCCACAUAUUGCAUAAGCUAAAGCAACACAGACACUCCUAGGCAACUCUAUUGUUUGUGAAUAGUACUUGCAAAAUUUGUAAAUUAGCAAAUGACUCCUUUUUUUCAUUGUUUUCUGCCAGAGAUAAUGUGCUAUAUUUUUGUAUAUACAAUAAUAUUUUCAACUGUGAAAAAUAAGUGGUGUCAUAAGACAUGGCACAGUCACAAAAUAUUAUACUAAUAUGUUGUACAUUCAGAAGAAUGUGAAUCAAUCAGUAUGUUUUUAGAUUGUAUUUUGUCUUACGGAAACCUUCUAUUACAAGACUCUGAUUUCCCUUUGGACUUCAUGUAUAUUGUACAGUUACAGUAAAAUUCAGCCUUUAUUUUCUAAUUUUUUCAACAUAUUGUUUAGUGUAAAGAAUAUUUAUUUGAAGUUUUAUUAUUUUAUAAAAAGAAAUAUUUAUUUUAAGAGGCAUCUUACAAAUGUCACCCCUUUUUAUGAGGACGUCAUAGUUGCUGCAAAUAAGGGGUGAACGAUGCAUAUGUUCACUAUAAAAUAGAAAAUAUAUUAACGUUUGAAAUUAAA